AUGGGAAAUAUCAAUAUAGAUGAUGGUGACUACGACAAAAGAACGGCAAUGCACGUGGCUGCAGGAGAAGGGCAUGCUGCCGUUGUCGAGUUGCUUUGCAAGAGUGGAGCUAACGUCAAUAUCGAAGAUCGCUGGGGUGGUCGUGCACUUGACGAUGCCGAGAGGUCGAAACAUCACGAGUGUGCAAACAUUUUGAAGCAGUACGGGGCAAUGGUAGGUACCCGACAGAAGGGAGAAAUUGAAAAUUCAUCAAAACGAAGAGAGGUCAGAAAUCUCGAAGUAGACUUUGAAGAUUUGGAAAUGGUCGAUCGGAUUGGCAAGGGGUCGUUUGGAGAGAUAUACAAAUGUACAUGGCGAGGAACAGUAGUCGCAGCAAAGUGUAUUCAAAGCUCACGUAUUCGAAAGCGGUGGUUGCAUUCGCAAAUGAUGGCGCAGAUAAAAGAAGGUGGAGAUAUUGAUGAGGCUAUUGCAGCGAUGGAUGAAGCAACUUCUUCGCAGGACGAGGAAGCGUUGCGGGACUUCCGGCAAGAAAUUUCUGUGCUCAAGUCUCUACGACAUCCCAAUAUUGUGCUUUUGCUUGCAUACUCAGCGACCAAAGAAAUGGAGGUGAUGAUAUCAGAGCUAAUGAAGUGUUCGCUCCUUGAUGUCUUUAAGGCACAUAUCGUGAAUGGUACCAAGAUGAAGAAGAAGGAUCAAAUUGUGUUCGGAAAGCACCUUAUACAGGGCAUGCUUUAUCUACACACUAGCCGACCCCCAAUCAUUCAUAGGGACCUGAAACCAGCAAACUUGUUGAUCGAUUUUAGUGGUGUGCUAAAGGUCGCAGAUUUUGGGCUGGCCACAGUAAGACCGGACCCUGUGACGCAGAAAGAUGACACAUUCAUGAUGACGGGAGAAACAGGAUCCUAUCGCUUCAUGGCCCCAGAGGUCUUUCGACAUGAGCAGUACACCGAAACUGUAGAUGUAUACUCCUUUUCGAUGAUUUUUUACUAUCUUCUUGAUGGAAAGCCGCCUUGGCCAACUCUAAAUGGUCUUGUAGCUGUGCGUAAGGCUGCAAACGAUGGCGACCGCCCACCUAUCCCUCGUGGUUGGGACCAAAGACUUCAGUCAUUGUUGCAAGAAUGCUGGUCGGAAAACCCUUCUGCAAGGCCGCCUUUCCGGCAGAUUCUCAAACUUGUGAAUGAAUAUGCAAGCGAUGUCUUUCACCAGGAUUCAAACCAAAUUCAAGUAGUUCAGAGUCGAGAGACGAGGAGCCUCUUUCGUUCUCUGUUUUCUAGCCGUGGUAACAAGAAAAGCAAGCAGCAGGCUAAAUCGUACCGUUGA